AUGGCGUCUCUAGUAGCCGUUCUGCAGGAGAGCCGGCCGCGGCGGUCCGCGCCAUGGAAGGUGGAAGCGAAUCCCAUGCAAGGCAUCUGGAGCAAGAUGCGAUCGAAGGCGGGAGCGUCGUGUUCCAACUGUGGCAGCUCUUCUUGCAGCGUAUCCGGCCCCGCGCUUCUCCCCGAGCUCGUCAGUCACUUCGGCCGCAACUACCUCUCUGCACUCGCUUCCGCCUCCGACUUCCACCUUGCGCUCAAGAAGUUCCCCGCUCGCCCCGCCGACCUCCCCGCCUCCGCGAGCUCCGCUCGCCAAGCCUGUUCCACCGCGGCUGGCGCCGCAACCGCCGCUCCGCCAAGCCAAGACGAGGUCGCGCGGCUCCUUGCGCAGGUGGCGGCGGGAAACGCGGACUCAGCGGCGGUGGUGAUGCAGCUGAGCGCGCAAGGAGCGGCUGAAGCGGAGCUGCUUAUAUCGAACGGCGCCACGGCGUCUCUUACGCGUGCAUUGGAAAGCGGAAGCAGUGGCGCUGCGAAGAGUAGGUUAACAGCACUGACGGUGGCAACGGCUCUUAAUCUCUGCCUCCUCAGCGAACGCUCGGCGCCGCGCUUCAGCGAGGAGGGGCUGGUGAUGCUGCUAGUUAAUAUUCUUCGACAAGUGGAGCCCUCCGCAUCCACGUCCUUCCCGCUCCUUGCUGACGUGGCAGCGCUCCUCUACUGCUUGCUGCACAGCGAGGCGAGGGUACACGUGGCGGCAAGUGCGGGCACGGACGUGCUGCUGUGGCAGCUGCUGGUUGCUUCGUCCUCGUCAGCACCACCGUCGAACGAGGACGAACCGCCACGUGCCAGUGCGCGUGCGGCGGCGGCGCUUGCGCUGCUGCGCCUGUCGCAGGUGCCGGAAGUGGCGGCGCAACUGGUGGAGCGAAACGCUGUUGCCCAAAUCUCCUCCAUGCUGCUUGCCGGGCAGGCGAACGGGCAGGUCGAGCUUUCCGCACUGCUGGCGAGUUUGACCCGGUCAGAGGAGGGAGUAAUGGCUUUUUGCACUGUAGAUGAUUCCAACGGCGCGCGCGCGCUGCUGCAGGUGCUACAGCCGGGGAAGGAGCAGGGGAAGUCGCUGACUCUGCAGCAACAGUUGGGCCUGGUGAUUCUGAAGAACGUUCUUGCAGGAGGAAGCAUGUUCGGACAGCAUUUAGUGCAGGCGGGUGUACGCGAGGGAGUGGAGCAGCUAUUGAAGGCGAUGGGGGGAGACGUGAAUGGGAAGAACAAGGGUGUUGACUUCACUGGGGGGCAGUGUCAAGCGGAACAACAAGUAUUGAAGGUGCAGGAGCUGCUCUCUUCCUUGCGUAACUGCUCGUAA